AUGGAUCAGGGACUUCACUGGACCUGUUGUCUUGGGGCUCAUUUUAGGAGGAAUGCAUUCUGGGUGGCUAAACAGGUUUUACAAUUGGGAAUGGGUGAUGCAUUUGAUGAUUGGCUGAUUGAGAAAAUCCAGCGUCUGCGCAGGGGUUCAGUAGUUGCUGCAGGUAUCCAAUGUGUUGAGCAGGUAUUGUUCAAGGGGUGGAGACAGGGCACUGGAGUAUGUACUGUCAUCAGUCAUCAUCUAACUUGCUUUAUUGAUAUAUCUUGCACAUCCAUUCAAAUGAAAGAGCUGAUUCUCUGGCCGGAUGGUAUAUUCAUCACAAAGCACCCAGCACGUCAACGUCCUGCACCUUCCUCAUCCCCCAAUUCUCCUCCAGGCAUGCCUUCAACUCCAUUAUCUUCGCCUAGGCUGGAGGAUUCACAGAAACUGGAUGAGAUGCAGAAGCAGGAAGCAGAGCAACGUGCAAAAUUUGUUUAUGAGCUAAUGAUUGAUAAGGCACCAGCUGCUAUUGUAGGACUUGUUGGUCACAAAGAAUACAAACAGUGUGCAAAGGAUCUUUAUUACUUCAUCCAGUCAUCUGUGUGUAUGAAGCAGUUAGUCCUUGAUCUUCUCGAGCUAUUACUGGUGUCCGCAUUCCCAGAGCUGACUUCUGUAUUUAACACAUUGCAUGAGGAGAAGGAGAGAUUUGGAGAACUCAAAAUAGAUUAAGUGGAUCGUUUGCCAAAAUGCCAUUUCGUUAUACAAUUUUAAGGAAAAUCGUCAACAAGUUUAUCCCGUUAAUCAUGGUAUUCUUUCUGUGGAAGCACAAAAUGCUAGGUUCAUUUUAUCAAAUAUGUAAAA